AUGAGGCUACUGUAUGGGUGUAAGGGGAUGAAGGGUGUAGGCGGCUUUGUGGUGGUGAUCGCGUGCACGAAGAGGAAACUUAUAGAAGGCAUGCGUGAAGGGGAAAAGGUUAGAAAGCUGGAUGAUGUGUGCGAGGAGGAGCUUGACAACACGAUCACUAUGGGUGAGGAGGAGCUUAGCAAGAGGGUCACACAUGUGAGGAGGAACUUGCUAGCAAGCUUUACGGCUAUGGCGAGAUGA